AUGGAUAUCGAACCCACCCUUCCUAUUCCGAUCUCGUAUAUUGGGGGUAGCUACUUUCUCUUCUCAAUUGAUGCAGUUACGUAUGUGAGACGCGAGCAUCACAUUUGCGGCGUCUUAAGCGGCACAUUGCCUCAAAUCCCACAACAGAAUGUCUUCCUGGGCUUGCCCUUGAAGCUAAUGCCGGAAGAGGCCCGGUUGCUCGUGGAGAAAGGUGUAGCAUGCAUUGUAGACGAGGUAAAAGUCCAAAAGGACGGAAUGCGAGCCCUCAUGGAAGAGGAUCGCAAGAAGUAUCUCCGUGAGCUAGAAUCUCAAGGCCAGCAUGCUAUGCGACUACAACACGACCGGAAGGAGCAGCAACGCGAGAAGGCUUUAAAGAAAAUAGAAGAAAAGAAGGCUGCCAAGGCCAAAAAGUCUGCUGAAAAGCAGCAGCAGGAGCAGCCUGACCCUGUUAAUAAUGAGGCUGCUGCUAAAGACCCGGUUGUUGACUUGUUCGCACACGAUCAGCAGUCGUCACGCCGUUCUUCGUCCGCCACUGCUGCUGCUGCUCCCUUUGGCACUGCUAUGGGAGUCACGCCUGCUACGUCUUAUCCGCCUCUUCCGUAUGAGUGGUCUGCUGAGCAGCGACUACCGCUUCCUGAUGUGCCUUCCUCAUACCCUUUGUUCGCUCAUCUUCACUCUGAAGGAUAUUACCUGUCCCCUGGGUUGCGAUUCGGGUGUCAGUAUCUUGCUUAUCCCGGUGAUCCUUUACGGUUCCAUUCCCACUUCUUGAGUGUGUCUGCUGAAUGGGAUGAAGAGUUGGAUUUGAUGAGCAUUGUUGCUGGAGGUCGACUAGGUACUGGUGUGAAGAAGGGUUUCAUGAUUGGGGGAGCUGAGAAGAAGCUCGAGGGAUCGGAGGCUGGGGAUCCCAGUAGUGUGAGGACUUUCAGCAUUGAAUGGGGUGGAAUGUGA